AUGGCGGAAGCAGCCGUAGCAGCAGAAGCAGCGGCUGCCGCAUUAGAGGCCUUGCAGGAGACCUUAACAUCUCCGACGCAGCACCAUGAGGCUACGACAGAAGCAGUGGCAAACACGGAACAAGUGGAUUCGCAUGCCGCGGAGACAGUUGCCGCGCAAGGAGCGCCAGAGCACCCGCCAAGUGUCCAAGUGUCGCCUACGGCAGACAGCUCUCCAGACACUGUAUCAGCCGAGACUACCGCUGCAAGGCAGCCAACUGAGAGCUCCGAAGCAGCGCAACAAGAAGGGGCAGAAAGUGCCCGAGUUCAAGACGAAGCGUCUGCGGUAGCUCUUACAGAGCCAACCGCCGCUCAGACACCCUCCGAAGGGCAACAACAUACGCCUUCAGCAGAGGUCGAUGCAGGAGGACAUACUACAUUAGCGGAGGGCACAACAGCUCUCCCUUCGGAAGCCGUUAUGCCUCUCGCUGAAGCUGCGGAGGCACAGCAUGCCAGCUCCCACCCCAGCCAGAGCGCAACAGGGGAAGCCUCUGAGGACCAGCAGCAGCAGAGUCAACAGCCAAACGAGCCGCCGCAGCUACAGCAAGCGACAGAGACACAUGCCGCGUACGAGUCUUUGGGGGCCCUCCCGAAUGCGCAUCCCCAGGAGGAGGGCAGCACAGAAGGGGCCCCCACGGGUGCUGCGACUCCCCCCUCCUCUCUUUCUGCUGCUGUCGAUGAAGCUGUCAUGUUCGCUGCAGCGAUCAACGCACCCUCCUCUGCUCCUGCCGAAGCGGGAAGCGCAGAUGAGGCAGAAAGUCAAGCGGCGGCUACUCAAGGCGGCAUGCUGCCAGAGAGCUACCCCGAGGGGCCAACCCUUGAGACCCCACUCGAAGAAAUGAUGAUGGAGCAUGCGCAGAACAAUCCAGCAGCGGCUACGCAGGCAGAAGAGGAUUCACAGGGGCCUCAUAGAGAGUCUGAAGCCCUGGAAACUGUUGAGGGCACUGAGCAGCAGGAGCAGCAACAGACUCCCGCAGAUGCUACCGAAAAUGCAGAGGGUGUGGCUGCGCCACUCAAGCCGGGGACCCCGCAGGAGGAAGAACAAGAUCAAAGUGGAGAAGAAACGCCAGAUAGGACAGCAGCAGCAGGAUCUGCCAGCGGAGGUGGAGGCGCUGCAGCAGGUUCUGAUCCAGCAGCAGCUCCAGCAGACGCACCAGCAAGUGCUUCUCGAAGAAGAGCUCAAUGGCUCAGUGGAAGUGCCCGAUAUCGAGGCGUAUGUAAAGCAAAUACAGGAGCAACAGGAGGAGACGGCCACGGCCUAACGUUGCAGUUUUCGUCGUUGCAUUCCGCUGCAGGAGCAGCAGCUGCUGCGGCUGCUGCCCCUGUUAUGGAAAUUGCUUCUUAA